GUCUGGGCUAGAAAAGUGCGCCCCGUGCCUCACCUCCUGCGGACCUCCCAGAGGUGCCUGGGGAGCACCUUCAGGGCCUCCGAUCUGCAGGUGAAGCUGUGCCAGGCCCUGCAGAGGAAGCCGGACCCCAAGGAGCCCCUGACGUUCGGGAAACAGUUCACGGACCACAUGCUGGUCGUGGAGUGGAACCACAAGGACGGCUGGGGGGCCCCCUGCAUCCAGCCCUUCCGCCACCUCGUCCUGCACCCCGCCUGCUCAGGCCUGCACUACGGCAUCCAGCUCUUCGAGGGCAUGAAGGCUUUUCGAGGCAAGGACCAGCGAGUGCGCCUCUUCCGCCCCUGGCUCAACAUGGAGCGCAUGCUGCGCUCAGCCUUGCGGAUUUGCCUCCCGAGCUUCGACAAGCUUGAACUUCUGGAAUGUAUCCGCCGCCUGGUAGAGGUGGACCAGGACUGGGUCCCCAGCGGGGAGCAGAAGAAGAACAGCCUCUACAUCCGACCCACCUUCAUCGGCAAUGAGGGAUGUCUGGGCGUCCACCCCUCCCUCCAAGCCCUGCUCUACGUCAUCCUGUGUCCUGUGGGUUCCUACUUUUCUGGGGACUCGCUAGAGCCUGUCUCACUACUGGCUGAUCCCCGCUUUAUCCGAGCCUGGCCCGGGGGGCCCGGUGACUGCAAGCUGGGAGGGAAUUACGGGCCCACCGUGCUCGUGCAGGGGGCCGCCCAGCGGGAGGGCUGCGAACAGGUCUUGUGGCUCUACGGGCCGGACCACCUCAUCACCGAGAUCGGGACCAUGAACAUCUUCAUUUUCUGGACCCACGACGACGGCGUGCUGGAGCUCCUGACGCCCCCCCUGAACGGGAUCAUCCUUCCGGGGGUCGUUCGGCAGAGCAUCCUCGACCUGGCCCGGACGUGGGGGGAGUUCCGAGUGACCGAGAGGGAGGUGAGCAUGAAGGAGCUGAUGAAGGCGCUGCGGGAAGGCCGCGUGCGGGAGAUAUUCGGCUCGGGCACGGCCUGCCAGGUGUGCCCCGUGAACCACAUCCUGUACCAGGGGGAGCACGUCCACAUUCCCACCAUGGAGAAUGGGCCUGAACUGAUCCUGCGACUCCAUCACGAGUUCAAGAACAUCCAGUACGCAGAGCGGCCCCAUGAGUGGAUGAUGCCAGUGUGAGCGGCCGGCCUGUCCGAACCUGGGGCCCUGCCGGCCUCCCUGUGCCCGUCUCGGAGCACUUCAUCUCCCCCCCAGCCCAGCCCAGCCAAAGAUGCCAAGUGCAAUAGUGUUCUCCAGGCAGGGGGUCCGGGACGCCUGGGUCCCUGAGGCCCCCGAGCUAAGCUACACUCCCAAAGCCAUAUAGGCCAGGACCCAGGCGUCCGGCCUCCCAGUUCUGCACCCCUCAGGGAGCCCCCCUCCGUUCCUCAUCAGCUUUAGGGGGCAACACCUGGGGGCCUGGAUGACUGUAUUUUCAAAAUAAAAUGCCAAAGAUGGAGAUGUCUA